UGCCCCUCAAAAGGAGGGCUCAGCUGCUACAUUUCGGUCACUUUCUCAGCCGCCGCGUGACAAGGCUUCCCCACGUCGACUUUCUGCAGUUGCACUUUGCCUCUAGGGCAGCUGUCUCAGCGGGGAGUCUUCCUCCUGGGCAAAUGCAUGUGCGGCCGUGUGUCGAGGUCCGCUGAUGGGCAAUCAGCGGGCGAUAUUUACCGCGAAAAGCAGGUCAGGAAGCGCCUCGCGAGCGACGACUCAAGUCGCACGUCACUCUCCUGUGAAUCUUAGAGACUCUGCUUGUCAUUGCAGCGUCGGCCACGCUCUCGUGGCUGAGCUUCCAGACGACGUCGCCGAGGCAUAUAAGAGAUUCCUGGACACCCUUUCGGCUCAACUUCGCCGAGCCAUCCCUGAUUGCUCAGGUGGGAGAGUGCUGGGAAAUGUUCCUGACCUGCUCGGCCGCCAGCAUCUAGCAAAGCAUGGCCACCAUCAACAAGCACCCGAACCGGUUCGAACUUACAGCCGUCUACCAACACCCAGAGGCCAAGGCCGACAUUGUCCUUAUCCACGGCCUCAACGGCAACCCGGAGAAGACAUGGACGGCGCCGAACGGAGUCUACUGGCCAACCGACCUGCUGCCUGCGUCGCUGAAGGACCAGCAUGCGAACGUGCUGGUAUACGGCUACAAUGCCGACGUGUACGGGGGGUUCUGGGAACGUCCCGCGAAGAGCCCAAGUGACAACUUUAUCCACCAUCAUGCCCAAACCCUCGUCGCGACGCUCGCACACUACCGCAAGAGCGAGGGCACCGAGAGGAACCCCAUCAUCUGGGUCGUCCACAGUCUCGGCGGCAUCGUCACCAAGCGAGCAAUCCUCUACUCGAACGAUCUCAGAGACCCAAACCUGGAAGAUCUCCGGUCGAUCUACGUGUCGACGUACGGCAUCAUAUUCCUAGGCACGCCGCACACCGGAGCGGGUGCGGCCACAUGGGGCGGAGUAAUCCAAAGGAUGGCCGACGCCCUCGUUCCUCGGAAGCUCUUUGAGACUGAGUCGGUGUUGCUCAAGUCGCUUAAGAAGGACAACGAGACGCUGCAGCAAAUUAAUAACCACUUUUUGGACAUCUAUCAGAAGUUCAAGAUCCACAUGGCGCAUGAGAACCAGAAAACGGAUAUCAGGGGUUCCAAGAUCCUGGUUGUGGACGCUUCGUCUGCGAGCCCUCAGCUUGUCGGUGUUACGUACUACGGCAUUGAGGCCACCCACUCGGGCAUGUGCAAGUUUGCGAGCGAGAAUGCCCCGGGCUACCGGACCGUUUCCACGGCGAUUCGGGAGUGGGUUUCCAACGCCCCGAACGUCAUACCCAUCCGCUGGGAAAUGGAAGACGACGAGCGGCGGGUGAGGGCGAACCUCGACAACUUUGAGCGCAGUCGUCUUUAUCAGGGUUCUGCCCUAGGCUCCGGGGCGCAUACACAAGCAAUCGUCGCCCAGAGCAAUAAUGAAACCGCAUCAACCCAACACCGGCCCUCCCUAAUCGAGGCCCAGGCCCAGUCCUCAGAGCCGCGCAGCAUCUCCGCGCCGCUCCUGAUCACCAACACCCCCGACCCAAACUCACAUUGCUCCCCACAACUCCUACCUCAUGCCCACCCGGACAACGUCCCCCAGCCCAACAACGAACAGCAACAACGACGGCAACCACCACCGCCUCCAAGCCACGAACCGCUCUUCAUCCAUCCCGAAACAUUCCGCCCCAACUCGUACUUCGUCGGCCGCGAGGACGAGUUGCGCGGCCUGCACGAGAUGCUCAUGGACCGCAAGCGGCGCGCCGAGGGCACCUCGGCGGUUCUGAUCCGGUGCCUCCCCGGCGGCGGCAAGACCCACCUCGCGCGGCAGUACGUCUUCCAGCACCGCGGGGACUAUCCGGGCGGCGUGUACUGGGUGCGCGCCAAGUCGCGGGGCGAGCUGGAGUACUGGUUCUGGCGCAUUGCGAGGAACGAGGCGCUGAGGGGUUACUUGGGCAUGGAGGAGGAGGAGCAGAGGGAUGUGGGGGAGGAGUUGAGGGAUCCGAGACGGAUUGUCAGUGUGGUGAGACGGUGGCUGAGUGCGCAGUCGGGCUGGUUGAUGGUGCUGGACGGGGUGCAGUUUGAUACGCCUGGGUUGAGCGAGUUUAUUCCUGAUGCGCGGGACACGAGCCUGAUUUAUACGUCAACGGAGAGGGCGGUCACGGGAGACCCGCGGUUUGAUAACCCGCAGGUGAUGGAGCUGGGGCUGUUGACGGCGCAGCAGGGGCGUGAUUUGCUGCUGUUGGAGAUGGAGAAGAAGAAACCGUGGAGUGAGGAGGACCAGGCCAUGGCACUGGAGCUGGUCGGGCUGAUGGGGCGGCUGCCGCUGAUGAUCCAUGUCGCGGCGCAGCAUCUGAAGGCUACGAGGGAGCCAUUGGCGAGGUAUCUAAAAUCGUAUCGGAGCCGGCCGAAGGCCGGGGGGCUGCCUGCGUAUAAGGCCGUGCGGGAGCAGCUGGAGAACAGGGGGGAGAAUGCGGCGCUGAACUUGAUCUCGUUGUUGGUCUUCUUUGACCAGCAUGUUCCGGUCGAGAUGUUGGCACUUGGUCUCUCUGCCCUCAACAAGGCCACUCCCGUCAAAACAUGUGACGCCAUGCACAGAGAGGCGAACUUGAACAACACGCUCAAGGUCCUGAUAGCCUUCGCUCUGGUUGAGCGGUCCGAGAGCGACGAUAUUUCGCCUACCAGCUCACACAGCUCUAAGCGCAGCUUUGACAGGCAUGCCGACUAUCUCGACCUUCUCCGUGUGCACAGUGUCGUCCAGGCCUUCUUCAUCGACUCGCUCCACGAGCAGCACCAAGUUCCUUUCUGGCUGGAGCGGGCGACCGCCGUUUGGUGCCGUUCCUACGACGAUGCGGACAAACGCAUCCAGGAGGAUCCCAGGGUCGGACUGCCAGACGAUUACCGUCGCUUCUACAUCCACGGCGAGAAGCUGCGGCAGCACCUGAGUCGGUUCGAAAGGCGUUACCCAGGUCUUGCGAGGGUCAGAUCGAUGCUGGACCAACGGCUGGAAAGGAUUCAGGGGCAGAUCGACCACCUCUCCCAUGCCAUCCAGAAGAACAUCCUCGACGGCUCUCCGGAGGAGCACCCGGCGUCCGUGUUUGACCGCAUCAGCAGUUCGUCGCAAUCAGAUUCGACCACGAUGGAAUCUCACAGUAGCGAAGUGAGCGCGGUGUCUUUUGAAGACGGUAAUGGCGCCCUGGUUCAGUCGCCGUUGCUGCUUGAGCCGGGCCCGCAAACGGAGAUCCCAUAUCCUACCACACCUGUCAUGCCAAUGGUACCUGAGAUUAUCGAGGAUGACCGGGAGACAGUCGUCGGGACACAAGUACAUGUUGGGGGCACCGAGAUCGACGUCGUUCCAUUUGCGCCUGAUCCCCCUGACGUGCAGGAAGAGGCGGCAGCCUUUGAUGACUGGCACGACAUCAUCCCUCACCACAGGGUCAUCCGGCGGCAGGAGACCCGACGGUACCAUGAUCGCGCCGGUGCUUGGAGAGACAGGACCAUCAGCGAUCCACGCGUCGGGCUCAGUCGGGAAAUUGCGCUCGGCUCCAUCUCAAGCAAGAGGGAAGCUUCGAGGUCGCCUCUGGGUGCCCGCUUGACAGCGCAAAGCGAGGCAGAAAUGGAGCUGAGCAAAAUCAAGCUGGCAUCGCCGCCGUCGCCCAAGCUGAGGGCGAGCUUCAGCUCGCAGACUCCAAUUCGACCUGAACUGCUCAUUGGCAGGAAUAGCUGGGCACUUCCACAAGCCCAGAAGACAUCGAGCACCGAGGUGGCCGAGAUCCAGCCUGAACAGUUCUCAAGUGGUCUCGCUCAGAUUCUGUCAUCCCCCAAGAGCUGGACUGAAGCGACCAUCAAGCUGCUGAGGAAGACGGUGUUGCCGUCCGAUACGCCCGCCGGUACACCACCCCAGCCUUGGCGGCCGUCCGAGGAAGAACUGAUCGUGCCGCCCGCGCCCAUCUUCCGUGGCAGUCGCUCGGCCAACUCUAGCCCAGCUAGCCACAACUCCCCCUUCCCACCGCCGUCCUUCGCUGGCAUCCCCACGGAAGAUCUCCUCCCAAAGGCAUGCCAUCCCGUUGUCGUUCGCCGCUGGGACACGGUAGUCUACCCCGCAGACGGAACACCCGUCGCGUCAUCCGGCAUCGAAUGGUCUAGCGCACCACCAGACCCCCUCUCUUUGUCCUACCCAACCCUGCUCCCAAGCAGACAGCAACAACCCAGCAUCCUCGCCACCCACACCGGCGGCCAGCUAAUUCUCCGCAGCGGGCCGGCCGCAGGGUACUCCUCCCAGCCAAUGUCGCGCGACGGUUCGCACCCUUCCAACCCCAGCAUCAACAUUCACAGCCCCGACGCCGCCAUCAUACAUCACUCACCGCGCUCGCGCUCACGCUCCCCGUCCCCGUCUUCACUCACCGACCACCAGAUCGCCCCACGCCACAACAUUUCACCACCCGAAACAACAACAGCAGCAGCAGCAUCAAGAACACGAACAGAGACAACAACCGCAAGCCAACCCAUCCCAACCCCAACCACGACCACCCGCCUAGGCUUGUCCCCGUUCGUCCAACGACGACGAGGACGACCCCCGUCCUACACCGAAACGGAGCCGUCUCCGAGGACAAUAACAGAUAUGCCGCCCCCAUUUGCUGACGUUGACACGAGUUAUCGCCGCUGGGAGCAGCUUCAUGAUCAUCAUUAUCAUCAUCAUUGGCAGCAACAGCACCAGCAACAGCAACUGGGACAAUCGGGACAACAAGGGCGGGGGCUGCCUGUCGGGAAGUCGUCAUCGUUUCCCGUUCAUCAGAGCGGGCGUUUGGAGAGGGGGCCGGGGGGCAGGACGACGGUUCGCGGGAGGACCUCCGGGAGCGGGGCAGUUGGGAAGAAGCGGUCGCAGUCUGUUUCACCGGCUGGGUUUUCCCGUGAUGAGUCUCUGUCCGGGUCCAGGUCCGGGUCCGGGUCAAGGUCAGGGUCAGGGUCAGGGUCAGGGUCAGGGUCGGUAUCGAUGUCGAUGUCGCCUAUCCCGCCGUGGCCAUCGGCAUCGGGGUCUUCCCCGCCCGGUAGUGGGACGAGGGGCAGGGCUCAGAGACAGGCCCCCGCUGGCGCGGGUGCCGCCGCCGGGGUUGGCGGGUUGGGACUGGGUGGUGAGGGAGUCGAGUAUCAGCACCAUCCUCUUCAUCACCAUCAGAACUCGCAGCAUCCACUGGCGGAGUGGUCUGCCCCAGAGAACGUUGACCAAGGGUUGUUGUUAUCCGGCAGUGCGGAAACCGGGACACCCGGUACUACUGCAGGGAGUAUUGCAGAAGGAGGAAGGGAGCCGAUGGCGCCGUCUGCGUCGGCGGGGAGUGGCAGCGGUACGGCGGCGGGUGGUAUCCGGAUGGGAGACGGGACGGUGGUGGAGUUUGGGUCACCUCAUCUGGGAUCUGGGGAUGAGUUUGGUGCCGGUUUUGUGUCUGGCUCUGGGUUGGGCGAUAUCCGUCGAGAGGGAGGUGGAGAAAAGUUGAGGAGGGGGUUCACCUGGGAUGAGUUUUAAUGGGCUUGUGAAUUCGGAGUGACAUGUGUAAAGGAGUGUGAUUUUGUAUUUUGAGCAACAGAAGGGUGUGUCUUAGGUACGGAUGCGCGUGUACUAUACCUGGUUCAAUAGGGAUGGAUAUUCCGUUUCUCUUCCUCUUUCUCUUCUACUUCCCCUUAACUUUCAAGUCAUGAAUGGCCAGGGCGGAUGGCCGGGGAUCUCG